CUCGAAGUCAACUAAGUAGAAGUUUACAAGACCUUCUCUCGAGCCCACCGAUACCACCGUGACCAAGGAAAUUGCACCCGGUAGAUGAGCGGCCACCCCCUGAAGGAGAUGUCUGACAGCCACAGCAGCCCUCUCCUGCCAGAGCCUCUUUCCAGCAGGUACAAACUCUACGAGACGGAGCUGACCAGCCCCAGCUGGCCCUCAACCUCCCAGGACACGCACCCAGCUCUGCCCCUCCUGGAAAUGCCGGAAGAAAAGGAUCUCCGGCCAUCCAACGAAGACAGCCACAUUGUGAAAAUUGAAAAGCCCGUUGAAAGGAGUAAACAACGGCAAGAAAGCGAGGUGGCCGGUCCGGGCUCCGCAGGCCAGUGCGGCAUCAGCCUCUCCCAAGUGGUGGGCUACGUCACGGGCGACAUGAAGGAGUACAGCAGCUGGCUGGAAGAUAAGCACCUGGCCCUCCAGUUCACAAACUGGGUCCUGAGGGGGGCCGCGCAGGUGAUGCUCGUGAACAACCCUCUCAGCGGGCUCGUCAUCUUCGUCGGGCUCCUGAUCCAGAGCCCCUGGUGGACCAUUGCUGGGGGCCUGGGGACAGUGGCCUCGACCUUAGCUGCCCUCAUCUUGAGCCAGGACAGGUCCGCCAUCGCCUCAGGACUGCAUGGGUACAACGGGAUGCUGGUGGGACUGCUGGUGGCCGUGUUCUCGGAGAAGCUGGACUACUACUGGUGGCUUCUGUUACCUGUGACCUUCACAGCCAUGGCCUGCCCAGUUCUUUCUAGUGCCUUGAAUUCCAUCUUCAGCAAGUGGGACCUCCCAGUCUUCACACUGCCUUUCAACAUCGCAUUAACCCUGUACCUGGCGGCCACGGGCCACUACAACCUCUUCUUCCCCACGACCCUGGUGGAGCCUGUGUCUUCAGUGCCCAAUAUCACCUGGACGGAGAUUGAGAUGCCCUUGCUGUUACAAGCCAUCCCCAUCGGGGUCGGCCAGGUGUACGGCUGUGACAAUCCCUGGACGGGCGGCGUGUUCCUGGUGGCCCUGUUCAUCUGCUCGCCACUCAUCUGCCUGCACGCAGCCAUUGGCUCAAUCGUGGGGAUGCUGGCAGCCCUGACGCUGGCCACGCCCUUCGAGACGGUGUACCUGGGCCUCUGGAGCUACAACUGCGUCCUGUCCUGCAUCGCCAUAGGGGGCAUGUUCUACGCCCUCACCUGGCAGACGCACCUGCUGGCCCUCAUCUGCGCCCUGUUCUGUGCGUACAUGGGAGCAGCCAUCUCCAACAUCAUGUCGGUGGUUGGUGUGCCACCAGGCACCUGGCCCUUCUGCUUUGCCACCCUCACCUUCCUGCUCCUGACAACCAACAACCCCGCCAUCUACAAGCUCCCGCUCAGCAAAGUCACCUACCCGGAGGCCAACCGCGUCUACUACCUGACAGUGAAAAGCAGUGAAGAAGAGAAGUCCCCCAGCGGCGGUGGUGGGGAGCAGCCACCCGCGGCGGGCCCGAAGGCCGAGGAGGGCUUGGAGGCCGCGCUCCCCAAGCGCAAGAGCGUGUUCCACAUCGAGUGGUCAUCCAUUCGGAAGAGGAGCAAAGGGUUUGGAAGAGGCGAACACCAGGAGAGACAAACCAAAGACCCAUUUCCCUAUCAGUACCGGAAGCCCACGGUGGAGCUGCUUGAUCUGGACACCAUGGAGGAGAGCUCUGAGAUAAAGGUGGAAACGAACAUUUCCAAGACUUACUGGAUUCGGAGUUCCAUGGCUGCUUGUGGGAAAAGGAUCAGCAAAGCCCUCAGCUACAUCACGGGAGAGAUGAAGGAGUGUGGAGAGGGACUCAAAGACAAGUCCCCGGUGUUCCAGUUUAUUGACUGGGUCCUCCGGGGCAUGUCCCAGGUGAUGUUCGUGAACAACCCCCUCAGCGGCACCCUCAUCGUGCUCGGCCUCUUCAUCCAGAACCCCUGGUGGGCCAUCUCGGGCUGCCUGGGCACCGUCAUGUCCACCUUGGCGGCCCUCAUCCUGAGUCAGGACAGGUCAGCCAUCGCGGCAGGACUUCAUGGCUACAACGGGGUGCUGGUGGGGUUGCUGAUGGCUGUGUUCUCGGACAAAGGAGACUAUUACUGGUGGCUGUUGCUCCCUGUCAUUGUCAUGUCCAUGUCCUGCCCCAUCCUGUCCAGCGCCCUGGGGACCGUCUUCAGCAAGUGGGACCUCCCGGUCUUCACGCUGCCCUUCAACAUCGCCGUGACCCUGUACCUGGCGGCCACAGGCCACUACAACCUCUUCUUCCCCACAACACUGCUGCAGCCAGCGUCCUCGGUGCCCAACAUCACCUGGUCGGAGGUCCAAGUGCCCUUGCUUUUGAGAGCCAUCCCUGUUGGAAUUGGCCAAGUGUACGGCUGCGAUAACCCCUGGACCGGAGGCAUUUUCCUCAUAGCUCUGUUCAUAUCUUCGCCUCUGAUUUGCUUGCAUGCGGCAAUUGGAUCCACCAUGGGGAUGUUAGCAGCGCUCACUGUCGCGACACCCUUUGACGACAUCUACUUCGGCCUGUGUGGCUUCAACAGCGCGCUGGCGUGCAUAGCCGUAGGAGGCACGUUCUACGUCAUCACCUGGCAGACGCACCUUCUCGCCAUCACCUGCGCACUGUUUGCGGCCUACCUGGGUGCUGCCCUGGCUAACGUGUUAUCUGUGUUUGGAUUACCAACCUGCACCUGGCCCUUCUGCCUCUCGGCACUCACCUUCCUGCUCCUGACGACCAACAACCCCGCCAUCUACAAGCUCCCACUCAGCAAAGUCACCUACCCGGAGGCCAACCGCAUCUACUACCUGUCCCAGGAGAGAAACAGAAGGGCAUCGACUGUAACAAAGUACCAGGCCUACGAUGUCUCCUAAGUCGCCCUUUCUAAAACACAGCACUGUAAACCCAG